AUGAAGCGUGCCUGGAGACAAUUAUUAUUAAAAUGGAAAAAGACAGAUGGCCGACAAUUACCCACGAUUCCAAAAGGUUGCUUUCCAAAACUAUUAAAAUUGUUAAUUGAUGAGCUUAAUAUAAAUGCUUCAAGGAAUAUUAUUGCUGGAUUUAAGAAAACAGGGAUUAGCCCUUUAAAUGUACAUGAAAUAUUAGCUAGACUUCCCGACGGAGACUUAGAUGCAGACAAUCAAAGUGUUGUGGAAGAUUCUGUAGUAACACUCUUCAAAGAAAUGAGAUAUGGUUCCAUGAAUAUCAUUGAGCCUAAAAGAAAGAGAAAACUUAAUGUACUCCCAGGUAAAAGUGUCGCUGCAGAAGAAAUUGAAGAUUAUGCAGAAACUGAUAUUGAUUACAGUGUGGAAAAUCCUAAAAAAAAACAAAAUACAAGUGCUGGUGGCUCAUCAGGUUUAAAUAAUAAGAAUAAAGAAAAAGGUAAAAAAAAUGAAAUGACAGACUUGAAAAUAAAAGCAAAUGAAGAAACAGUAAAUUACCCUGAGAAAAUAGAACCUAACAAAGGAAAAGGUAAAGGGAUUAGAAAAAAAACUAAGAUACCGUAUUUGGAAGCAAAAGAAAUGUAUUUUGUUUUAUUUCAUUCAAAUAAAGAUACGAAUAAACUGUUAAGUAUCUUAUUUGAUUUAUUAAAUAGUUCAUUAUCAUUUCGUAAAAAUAAAAUCAUUUAA